CGCCCGGGUCGGUUCCGACUCUGAUGACGCUUGCCAUGGCCGACUGGGUCUGGCUGAGCUCUGCCGGCCGCAAGGCCCAGGGUCCCCGCGCCUCCCGAAACGUCGCAGGUACUAAGCAGGCAAGUGCCUUGAAACAAGAAGAUGCUUCUAAAAGGAAAGCAGAACUAGAAGCAGCUGUCAGAAAGAAGAUUGAGUUUGAGAGAAAAGCUCUACAUAUUGUUGAACAGCUUUUAGAAGAGAAUAUUACAGAAGAAUUCCUAAGGGAGUGUGGGAAGUUCAUCACACCUGCUCACUAUAGUGAUGUCGUGGAUGAGCGUUCUAUUAUCAAACUUUGUGGCUAUCCCUUAUGUCAGAAGAAGCUAGGAAUUGUACCAAAACAGAAAUAUAAAAUUUCUACCAAAACCAAUAAAGUCUAUGAUAUUACUGAAAGAAAGUGUUUUUGCAGCAAUUUUUGUUAUAAAGCUUCUAAGUUUUUUGAAGCACAAAUUCCUAAAACUCCAGUGUGGGUUCGAGAAGAAGAAAGACAUCCUGAUUUUCAGCUGCUACAGGAAGGACAAAGUGGUCAUUCUGGAGAAGAAAUACAGUUGUGCAUUAAGGCCAUUAAAACAUCGGAUGUUGACAAUCCUGGCCAUUUUGAGAAGCAUUAUGAGUCUAGUUCUUCCAGCACUCAUAGUGAUAGUAGCAGUGACAAUGAGCAAGACUUUAUUUCCUCCAUUCUGCCGGGAAACAGACCAGAUGCACCGGGUAUAAGGCCACAGCUGCACCAAAAAGGCAUAAUGAAAAAGAAAGUUGGUCAAAAAGUUAACUCUAAACAUGAAAGCAAAGAACAGAGAGUAAUAGAUGUCACUGAACAGUUAGGCAAUUGCAGAUUAGGUAGUCAGGAGAAAGCUGCUGCUUGUGAACUUCCUUUACAGAAUGUAAAUACUCAGGUUUCUUCAAGUAGUCCUCCACAAGAAAAAUUAGAAGCUUCAGAAAUUUCUGAAAAUAAAUACAGUAGUUCAAAAAUAGUUCUUGUAGGCAUAAGUAAGAAAAGUGCUGAACAUUUUAAGAGGAAAUUUGCCAAAUCGAACCAAGUUUCUAGGUCAGCUUCUAGUUCAGUGCAGGUGUGCCCUGAAGUUGCAAAGGCAAACUUACUUAAAGCCCUGAAGGAGACUUUGAUUGAGUGGAAGACAGAAGAAACUUUGAGGUUUUUGUAUGGCCAGAAUUAUGCUUCUGUAUGUCUGAAAACCUCUUCAUCCUCUCUGAUUAAAGAAGAGGAACUUGAUGAAGAUGAUAUGAACCCUGACCCAAAUAGUCAUUUCCCUGCCUUGCAGGAAUCUCAGAACAGCUUGGAUGAGUCUUUACCAUUUAGAGCCUCAGAUACAGCCAUUAAACCAGUGCCAAGUUAUGAGAACUUGAAAAAAGAAACUGAAACAUUAAAUCUAAGAAUCAGGGAGUUUUAUAGAGGACGAUAUGUUUUGAAUGAAGAAACCACCAAGUCAGAAGACUCAGAAGAGCAUGAUCCCACCUUUCCACUGAUAGAUUCAAGUUCUCAGAACCAGAUCAGAAAACGCAUUGUACUUGAAAAAUUGAGUAAAGUAUUGCCUGGACUCUUGGGGCCUCUUCAGAUUACAUUAGGAGAUAUUUACACACAACUUAAAAAUCUUGUCCGAACUUUCAGAUUAACUAACAGAAAUAUUAUACAUAAACCUGCAGAGUGGACCUUAAUUGCUUUGGUGUUGCUGUCAUUACUGACCUCAAUUCUUGGCAUUCAGAAGCAUUCUCAGGAAAAUGUGAUGUUUACACAGUUUAUGACCACCCUGCUUGAAGAAUUACAUUUAAAGAAUGAAGACCUUGAAAGUUUAACCAUCAUAUUUAGAACCAGCUGUUAACCAGAGUGGUAAUCCAUGAAGACCAAACAGAUGAACUUCCAUUCACCAUUUCUGGAAUUCUAGCCACAAUAAUUGUACAGUUAGAGCUACUUAUCAGUCACCACCAGACAGACUGACUUCCCCAGAUAGAGGCGAACCCUUAUCCCAACAAGGAUAACCAAGUCCUUGUAUCCUAGGUACAAGACAUAGUAUUUUUGCUUAUUUGAAAAUGAACGUUGAAAUCUUAAAUUGAAACUGAAUAAAUGGUCAAGAAAAUAUAAUGACCUAUUAUUUUUUCUGGAUGAUUCCAGCCAUCAUAUCAGUUGACCAGAAAAUUGAGAAAAGUCCCAUUUUAGCCUCAUAGUCGAACUCUAGCUUCUAAUUCCAAAGAAUUGUCAAUAAAUACAA